AUGGCCGAACAUGACAAGAGUCUAAGCGAACUAGUUAAGCAGCUUUCAACCCAAUUUGAUGAAUGCCUAGAGACGAUCCUUGAUGACUCUCAGACCAAGAGUGAACAAAACUUUGGUCAGAAGAGUGAGAGCUUAAUAGAUGGCCUCGAUGCAUGUAUUACACCAUUAAAAACAACCAUCCAGGAUUUAAAGCACGGUUUUGGCGACUUUCGAUUUAAAGCACUCGGAGACCGGGAUUUGGAUCUUACAGAGUCUAUAGCGCUUUUACGUCGAGAUAUUGAGAUUAAACAACAAGUAAUUGCUAGCUACUCUAAGCAAAUAGAAGAUUGGACUAUUGUACUGCCGGCACUCGAAAAGAAAAGCAAGCAAAUAGUGUGUAUGGAAACAAACGAUAAGGAUUUUGGAAAUAGCACUCCUUCAUCACAUGGUGAAGACGAGGAUGAUGAUGAUGAUAAUGUAGUAUUCGAACAAGUCUAG